AUGGAUAGAAAAUGGAUAAAAAAUCUGAACAAGUUGAGUGAUGAGUACAAGUGCGGUGUUCAGUCAUUUCUUGAAGUUGCAAGCAAGCAUGUGGAUGUUAAAGGCAGAACUAGAUGUCCUUGCAUCAAGUGCCUAAACCAUGAUCGUCAAACUAUACCAGUUGUGAAGAUACAUUUGAGAAACUAUGGCAUAUCUUCGAGUUAUGACAUCUGGACAUCUCAUGGAGAAACAGUGCAACAGCGAUCACAAAUUCUUUCUCCCCCAAUGGCUGAACAGAUUGUUGGAGCCAAUGAUGUUGUGCAUGAUAUUUUGAAUGAUGCAUUCCCACCUACUGACAUGGAUGAUAUAGCUCAAGAUCUAGAGGAGGAUGAGAUACAAGAAGGUAAUGAAGAUGUGAUGGAUAAUCAUGGAUCUAAUGGGAUGAGAAGCGAUGCUGAUCAGUAUGAGAAACUAAUGGCUGAAGCUGAGCGAGAGUUUUUCCCUGGUUGUGAUGGAUUUUCAGUUUUAACUGCCAUGGUUUUGUUCAUGCAUAUCAAAGUCCUUAAUCAUUGGACUAACAAGUCUUUUGAUAUGUUUCUAGAGGUGAUGAAUCGAGUGUGUCCUAAGCCUAAUAACAUUCCCUCCUCAUUUUAUGCUGCGAACAAGAUGUUGAAAGGUUUGGGCUUAGGUUAUGAGAAGAUAGAUGCUUGCAAGUAUGAUUGUGCUCUGUUUUACAAAGAGCAUCAGGAUAAAGAGUUCUGUCCAGAAUGUAGUGAACCAAGGUAUAAAUAUAGAGGUUCUAAUUCUGAUCUGGGUAAAAAGAAGAAGAUUCCUCAAAAAGUUCUACGGUAUUUCCCACUAAAACCGAGGCUGAAAAGACUAUUUAUGUCGAACGAUACAGCUACUAAUAUGAGGUGGCAUCAUGAUAAGCGAGCUGAUGAAGAAGGCAAGAUGAGGCAUCCAGCUGACUCACCUGCUUGGAAAGAUUUUGAUUGUAGAUAUCCUGAGUUUUCUCAAGAGCCACGGAAUGUAAGGUUAGGCCUCGCAACAGAUGGGUUCAAUCCAUUUGGAAAUAUGAGCCUUUCCUAUAGUAUGUGGCCGGUCAUAGUGGUUCCAUAUAAUCUCCCACCUUGGAUGUGUAUGAAGAAACAGUUCUCGAUGAUGACUUUGCUGAUUCCAGGGCCAGUAGCACCAGGCAAGGAUCUUGAUGUGUAUCUACGCCCCUUAAUUGAUGAAUUGAAAGAGUUGUGGGAGUUUGGUGUUCCAACUUAUGAUAAAUCAACUAAUUCUUUUUUCAACCUUCGAGCUGCUAUAUUGUGGACAAUUAAUGACUUUCCAGCGUAUGGCAAUUUGUCGGGUUGGAGCACGAAGGGAUAUAUGGCAUGCCCUGUUUGUAAUGAGGAUACAUCAUCUUAUGGCUUGAGGAGUAAGAUUUGUUUUAUGGCACAUCGGCGCAAUUUGAGAAGUAAUCAUCCAUGGCGUAAAAACAAGGAGCUAUUCAACAAUGAAUUUGAGUUGAGACCUCCUCCUAAACUACUUUCUGGUGAUGACAUCUUAUGCCAAGUUAAUCGCCUCAGACCUUAUAAGCCUGACAUAACCUGGACGUAA